AUGUUGAGACCAGUUGGAGCUACAAUUUUUGGAUUAGCAGGUGACUACUUAGGUAGAAAAUGGACUUAUAUCAUCAUUGCAACGCUCUUUAUUGCAGUUGAAGUAGGUACCGGAUUAGCUCAGACUUACCUGCAAUUUCUAGGUGUUAGAGCUUUAUUUGGGGUUUUAAUGGGUGGAAUGUAUCCAAUAGCUAUGGUAACUGCACUUGAAGAUCAGCCAACAGAAGCUAGAGGGGCUUUAUCAGGAAUAUUCUUACCUGGAUAUAACAUGGGUUAUCUACUUGCUCAAGUGUUUUAUCUUGCUUUUGCAAGUACAGGUGCAGAAAAUGAAGGUUGGAGAAAUUUGUUAUUUUUUACUGCUGGUUUAUCUGUAAUCCUAAUUGUUUGGAGAUUCUUGUAUCCUGAAAGUCCAAGUUAUUUAAAAUUAAAGGAAAGGAAAAAGAUUUAUAAUGAAAAAAGAAAACAAACUGGUACGGGGUUCUGGAGUAGAAUUGAUUUAACAAUUUUGAAAGUGCUCAAGACGGAAUGGUUAAUGUUCAGUUACUUGGUGGUGUUGUAUGCUUGUUUUAACUUCGCAAGUCACGCAAGUCAAGACUUGUACGCUCUGAUGUUGACGAACCAAUAUGGUGCUGAUUUGAAUUUGAGAACGAUUAUAAUUGUUGUUUCAAAUAUUGGGGCAAUAAUUGGAGGUUUAUUUAUGGGCAACGUUUCAGAAAUUCUUGGUCGUCGAUUAACAAUUAUUGUUUGUUUAUUAUGGGCAGUGGCAUUUACAUGGAGUAGUUUUAAUAAUGCUAGAGAGAACUGGCCAUUAUAUGUUUUGUUACAAGGUGGUGUUAUGGGUGCUUGGGGAGUUGCACCUAUUCAUUUAAUGGAGUUAGUUAAUCCCACAUAUCGAGCUUUUCUCGCAGGACUUGCUUAUCAAUUAGGUAAUUUGAUUUCUUCAGCUAGUUCAACUAUUCAAGCUAGAAUUGGUGAAAAUUUCCCACUAGAAGAAGAAGGAAUGUAUGAUUAUGGAUUUGUGAUGGCGAUUUUUUGUUUUGCAGUAUUUGCUUGUCAUAUUCUAUGUGUUUUCUUGGGUCCAGAAAGGUUUCAUAGAGAACUUAGGAUUACGGAUCGUGAAGAAGAGAUUGAAAAUACAAGUAGUAAAGACGAUGGUAGUAAAGAUGAUGGUAGUAAAGAGAAUAGCUCAAACACUAAAAAACAAAUCUAG